UGUUCAGAAUGUGUUUAUCAGUUGUUAUUUAGACACCGAUAAGCUCUGGUCGUGUGGUUUUUAUAACUAAUAACCAAAUUUUUAACAAAAACGAAAAUGGAGAAGUGGAAUGGAAAAGUUGCUGUAGUAACAGGCGCAUCUUCUGGGAUCGGAGAGGAGACUUGUAAACAAUUGGUUGAAAAAGGAAUGAUUGUUGUUGGUUUUGCUAGAAGAGAAGAUAAACUUCAGGUGUUAGAAAAGGAUUUAAAAGGAAAACUAGGUAAAUUUUAUUACCUUAAAGUUGACUUGUGUUCAGAAGAAAACAUUUUGGAAGCAUUUAACUGGGUAAAGACAACAUUAAAAUCUGUCGAUGUACUUGUUAAUAAUGCAGGUGUCUGGAAGCAUAGUGAUUUGUUAGGAAACACAAAUGAUUGGAAACAAAUGUUUGACACUAAUGUCAUAGGUGCUAGUAUUUGCAGCAGAGAGGCCAUAAAAAUCAUGGAGGAACUACAAAUCAAAGAAGGUCACAUAAUAAAUAUUAACAGUGUCGCAGGUCAUUACACAUUUCCACUCUUGCAAGAUAUUUCAAUUUAUGGCGCUACCAAACAUAGUAUCACCACAAUUACAGAAUAUUUAAGAGAACUGACGGGCAUGAAAAAUUUACCUAUAAGAGUCACGAGUAUUAGUCCGGGUGCAGUAGAAACCGAAAUGACUGAAGAUUUUAGUAAAAUGGGAGGCGUGAAAAUGUUGAAAUCUAUUGACAUUGCUGAAGCUAUUAUGUAUGCGUUGAGUGCACCACAGCGUGUUAACGUCUCCGAAAUCAUCAUAAGGCCAACUAGCGAGAAUACAUUAUCUUUUGCGAAGAAACUUGUAGAUAUACUUAAAAUGGAGAAGUGGAAUGGGAAAGUUGCUGUAGUAACAGGUGCUUCUUCUGGAAUCGGAGAGGAUACUUGUAGACAACUUGUUGAAAAGGGAAUGAUUGUUGUUGGUUUUGCUAGAAGAGAACCUAAACUUCAGAUGUUAGAAAGUGAUUUAAGAGGAAAACUUGGUAAAUUUUAUUAUGUAAAAGUUGACUUGUGUUCAGAAGAAAACAUUUUGGAAGCUUUUAAUUGGGUAAAGACAACAUUGAAAUCUAUUGAUGUACUAGUUAACAAUGCUGGUAUUAUGACGUUAACUAAUAUACUAGGAAAUACAAAUGAUUGGAAACAAAUGUUUAAUACAAAUGUCAUAGGUCUUAGCAUUUGCAGCAGAGAAGCCAUAAAAAUUAUGGAGGAAUUUAAAAUCAAAGAGGGUCACAUAAUAAAUAUUAACAGUAUUGUAGGUCAUUACCAAUUUCCAUACAUGAAAGAUAUUUCAAUGUAUAGUGCAACGAAAUUUAGUAUUACUACAAUCACAGAUAAUUUAAGAGAAUUAAUGGGCAUGAAAAAUUUACCAAUUAGAGUCACGAGUAUCAGUCCCGGUGCAGUGGAAACCGAAAUGACUGAAGAGGUAAGGCAUUUGAAAGGAGUGAAUAUGUUGAAAUCUAUUGACAUUGCUGAAGCAAUUUUGUAUGCAUUGAGUGCACCUCAGCGUGUCAACGUCGCUGAAAUCAUCAUAAGACCAACGAUGGAGAAUACAUUAGCUUUUGUUAAGAAUCUUGUAUAGUUAUGAAUUGAGAUUAAUGCACAUGAUCUGUACCAUAGAAGGUAUAUGGGUACAA